UACGUUCAGAAUCGCGACAAUCUCUUCUCUACUCUUCCCGAUAAAGUCGUCGCUAAUGGUGGAUUCUACAACGUUUCACUAGGCAACAGUCCGAACAGAGCUCAUGUUCUUGUCAUCUGCGCAAGAGGCUACGAGCAACAAGCUUGUAUAAGUUGUGUCGAAAGCGCGGCUCGAGGUAUUCAAACAAAUUGUCUAAACCGUAUGGAUUCGUUCACGUGGGACAAAGACGAUGAAGAUCAUGUUUCUUGUCUUGUACGCUCCUCAAACCACACCACUUUCGGGAAACUCGAGCUCAGACCAGCUAUUAUAUACCCAAGUCCACUUAGUAUCGAGCCAUCGAAAAACAUUACCCUUUUCGAGCAUCAUGGAUAUAUGGCUCCUGAAUACCUGAACCACGGUCAAAUAUCAGCUAAAUCUGAUGUAUAUGGCUUCGGUGUUAUGCUUCUAGAGAUGAUAAGUGGGAAAAGAAACAAUAGCUUUGAAGGAGAAGGACUUGCAGCUUUUGCAUGGAAGAGAUGGAUUGAAGGAAAGCCUGAAACUAUAAUUGAUCCUUUACUGGCAGUAGAUCCGAUAAACGAGAUAACUAAGUUGAUUCAGAUUGGCCUAUUAUGUGUUCAAGAGAAUCCAGCAAAGAGACCAACCAUGAGCUCAGUAAUAGUUUGGUUUGGCAGUGAGACUAUCAUCAUUCCUUUACCUAACGCUCCUGCUUUCACUGGAAGUCUUCAGUCCCAAUCUGAAAGUAGUACAAUGUCAAUGAGCAUUGUCUUAACGGAGUUGAGUUCUCGUUGAGUUAUCAAUCAGUGAAUCAAAAACAUAUAUUCCCCUCGUUUUGUUUUAUGAAGUAUUUAACAUUUCAUAUGAAUCCUAAUCCUAUCAUGUAAAAUUAAAAUAAUCAAAAUAUUAUAAAUUCGCG